GCUUGCGGUCGUAGCCGCGUGUGAGUGAGUAUCGCCUGACGGUCCUCGAAGUGUCUGUAGACUUCUGAUCGGAUUCGAUCCUCGGGGGGCAUAAGUGCACAAAAUGAGUCAUUUCGUGGAACAUUUCGUGCUCAAGGUGCAGGAGUUGUCGGGCCAGGGGAAGUAUCAGGAGAUAAGCAACAUGAUCACGACCUCACCGAUGGGAUUGAUGCCCUCGCAAAUAUCGAUGAACGUAUUGGACAACGCUUUGGAGACGUUCAACGACUACAGACACUCGCUCGGCGUGCUGCACAUCCUAACCUUGAAGUACAAUCAGUUUUCGCCGAACGAUGACUUCGAGCUACUCUUUAGACAAACGAAAAGCUUCCUCGAGAGUUGUUGCAAGGAACAAGUCAAAUGCGCAGUGGAUCCCUUCUGUGAUCUCUGUCACCGUUUCACCGCCGCCAUGGUCGAGCGGGGUGACCGGAGAAGAGCGGUUCCCUUAUUGCUGACCGCGAUCGACAGACUUCAGUCGUCUCCAUCGGACCUCACCGAAAUUCACGGCGACCUCUGCCAACUCUGCCUGCUCUCCAAGUGGUUCGAGCCUGCGUUACGAUUCCUGGACGUUGACAUCACCAAUGUGGUUCGUGGCAAAGCGAAGUACGCGGCCAAGGGCUUCCUUCUCUACUUCUAUUACGGCGGCAUGAUCUACACCGCCUUGAAGAAGUACGACAAAGCUCUGUUCUUUUUCGAGGCAGCGAUCACGGUCGAGUCGGUCGUCGUGUCCCACAUCAUGCUCGAAGCCUAUAAGAAGCACAUUCUUCUGUCUCUGAUCACCAAAGGCAAGGUGGAACCUCUGCCGAAGUGGACGUCUUCGGUCGUUGAGAGAUUCGCCCAUCAGAUAUCGAAAGUCUACCACGACCUGGACUCGGUGUACGCUUCCAACUCGGUGAAUCACGUGAGAGACUUCUGCGCAAAUCACGCCGAGCAGUUCGCUCGGGACGGCAACACCGGUCUCAUAAAGCAGUGCAUAGCUUCGAUUUCAAGAAAAAACAUCAAGAAGCUGACGAAAACGUUCCUGACUUUAAGUCUGAGCGAUGUCGCUCAGAGGUGCAAUCUCAGCAGCGCGCGGGAAGCCGAACGGCAUCUCGUCAACAUGAUCGAAGACGGAGAGAUUUACGCGACGAUAAACCAACGGGACGGAAUGGUUCUAUUCAAAGACAGUCCAAACAAAUUCGACGAUCCCGAUUGUUUCCUCGAGCUCGAGCAGAAAAUGCGGCGCUACAUGGACGUAGCCGAUAAAGUGAAGAAGCUCUCCGAGAACAUUCAGGUCGAUCCUCUAUUCAUCAACAAAGUCGGUGCCAACGAAGAAGAAGGAGCGGCGGGUCCUGGCCCCGGCUCCGUGUCGAAUAAACUCCGCAGCGGCUCACUCGAGCGUCGGACGGCUCUCAAUCCCCCAGGCCGCUCCGCUGAUUCAGACCCCUUGUUUCAGUACCUCGGCUCGACCACAGAGUGGUACUAGUUGGCUAGACUCACGAUGAUUAUGAAGCAUUUGUUUGCUUGAGAAGGGCAACUUAUGAUGGUACGCGCGAUUCGCCAUGAGAGGGAAUCAUGUAAUUAUGUAUUAUAUAAUAAACAUUGAUCGCACGUGAGAAU